ACACCCUCCUCCUACCCCUGCAGCCGGUGACUCCCUCUGCUCAGCCAGUCCCACAUCCACCUGAGUGAUGUCGCCUGUCUCCCUGCUCCUCCUGGUCCUCCCGCUGGUCUCAGCCCAGACCUACCACUGGGGUCCGUGUCCCACCCCCAAGGUCCAGCCUGGCUUCAACCUGCAGCAGUAUCUGGGCAGAUGGUACGAGAUUGAGAAGCUCCCUGCCUCCUUCGCGAGAGGACAGUGCAUUGAGGCCAACUACGCCCUGAGAGGUGACGGGACCAUCCGGGUGCUCAACUCUCAGUUUUAUAAAGAAAAGGUGAGGACAGCAGAGGGGACAGCUGUGGUUCCAGACCUAAGAGAGCCGGCCAAGCUCGGAGUCAGCUUCUCCUACUUCACCCCCUACAGCCCCUACUGGAUCCUGACCACCGACUACUCCAGCGUGGCCGUCGUCUACUCCUGCACGGACAUCCUCCACAUCUUCCACGUGGACUACGCCUGGAUCCUGGGCCGCUCGCGCUUCUUGCCCCCUCAGACGGUGAACUACGCCAAGCAGCUGCUGGUCAGCGAGGGGAUCAACAUAUUCAGGAUGAAGGCCACCAACCAAACAGGCUGCAAGGACUGACAGGGCUCAGGAGGCUCAUGGCACAAGCUGAACACUUACAAGACGGACUGCACAUUUUUUUUUUAUUUAUUGCAAACUCCAUGUUGCAAGAGGAUGUGGUUUUAUUGGCCAGAGUAAAAGGUGAAGAUGUUUUGGAGCUGUGCAGAACCCCUGGCCUCUAAAGUUGCAAACAUUAAAAAU